AUGCUUCUCGUCCAAGCACUGUUAACUACUUUUACAACACGCUGUGCUCUGGCAAAUGACUUUGCAACUCUGUGUGCAAUGAGAUUGUUCGUGGGUGUUGGCGCUUCGGGUCCCAUUCCCGUGGUUGGUCUCGACAUCUAUGCCGACGUAUACCCCGAUUCUUUACAGCAACAGCUGCUGUCUCUGAGCAUGUUCACAGAUAUGGGGACAGCUCGAGGGGACAUCCAUUGGGUGGUGCCCAUUUUGUCGGCUUUGCCUUUUGGCAUGAGAUUCCUGCUAAUGUUCAUGUCGUUGAUCAACUACCUGGUUGAUGCGUACGAAGUGUUCGCAGCAAGCGCCAUGGCAGCAUCGGCUUGCUCAAGGAGCUUGUUCGUGCGGUUCUGCCGUUCGUGGCCAGACCAAUGUAAGUAUCAGCGCUUGGGUGUCACACGGGCCUGUUCAUUGCUAGGCUUCCUAAGUUUGGCAAUGUGCAUUAUUCCCUUCGCCUUCGUCCGCUUUGGGACAGUAUUCGGGAGAGGAGCAGCUUUUGCCAAUCCUUGGAAGCAAAUCAAGCAAGAGAACGAAGAGCGGGAAGUGCAGGAGCGAAGGAUGCAGGAAAGUGGGGUCGACAAGGCCACAACUGUGGAGAAGCUGGUU